AUGGCCCUGGAAAUCUUCUCGACCAGCCGCCUCAACGGCUUCUUAUCGAUCAAGCGAGAUGAAAUCAAAAUUUUACUCCGUAGAUUGUAUCGAAACUCGUCUCGUGAUUUCGCCAGAGUCGAAUUGAAAUCCAAGUUUUCUGAUCUGACCUUUAAUAUCAUGAUGAGAAUAAUCGUCGGAAAGAGGUAUUAUGGCGGCGACGAAGAGGAGGAGUUGUCGAACAACGAGGAGGCGAAGGAGUUCCGGGAAAUCGUGAGGCAGGCAUUCGAGUAUUCCGGUGCAUCGUACCCAGGGGACUUUCUACCGGUGUUAAGGUGGAUUGAUUAUCAGAGUUUUGAGAAGAAUUUGGGGAUACUUUAUAAGAAAAUGGACGCUCUCCUGCAAGGUCUGAUCGAUGAGCACAGGCGUGACAAGAGUAAGAACACCAUGAUCGAUCAUUUGCUUUCCUUGCAAGAAUCACAGCCAGAAUAUUAUACCGAUGAAAUCAUCAAAGGACUAAUCACGGUUCGAAUCUCACCUCCAGUUGGCUACUGGCAGGCCACUGCGUCUUUGCCUGGUUAA